GCCGCCUCUCAUCUCCCUGCAGCCGCCGGGCUGGGGCAGUACAGACACUCGAUCCUGUGCGCAACAGUGUGGCUCCUCCAGUCCUGUGCGUAACUGUGGCCCCUCUGAUCCUGUGCGUAACUGUGGCCCCUGAUCCGCCCCUCUGCUCUGCUCUUCCCUUGAACUGAUAGGGGUGGGAAGAGGGAAGACCCCCCAGCCCCUGCUGGAGCCCACCCCCUGCACCCUAGGAAGGAAAAAGCUCAGUCGGGUUUAUGCAAACCCAUAAUGCACCUGCCUUGAAGAGAUGCUUUUACCCAGAAAUAUCCCAAGGAGUCUUUGCUUAUUCUCACGCAUAGAAAACCCAAUUGGAUUGUACAAAGGAUUUUCCUCGCUCUGUUUUAAUGUGUGGACAUACCGGUCCUGGAUGAUAUCGGAUUAUUUUUAUUUUUUUUUUAUUGGUGUAAAACAGAGGAUUUGUAGUUUUUAAUCUUUUUUUUAUAAAAAAAAUGACGACCUCAUCCAUACGGAGGCAAAUGAAAAACAUUGUUAAUAAUUAUUCUGAGGCGGAGAUUAAAGUCCGGGAAGCCACCUCCAAUGACCCAUGGGGUCCUUCCAGCUCCCUCAUGACGGAGGUUGCAGAUCUGACUUACAAUGUGGUGGCAUUUUCAGAAAUAAUGAGCAUGAUAUGGAAGAGACUCAAUGACCAUGGAAAGAACUGGAGACAUGUUUACAAAGCUCUCACUCUCUUGGAUUACCUCAUCAAGACCGGCUCAGAGAGAGUGUCCCACCAGUGUAAAGAGAACAUCUUCGCCAUACAGACUCUCAAAGACUUCCAGUAUAUCGAUCGGGAUGGAAAGGAUCAGGGGAUUAAUGUACGGGAAAAGUCCAAGCAGUUGGUGUGCCUGUUGAAAGAUGAUGAGAGGUUAAAAGGAGAGAGGGCGCAGGCCCUCAAAACCAAAGAGAGGAUGGCUCAGGUAGCUACGGGCGUUAGCAGCAACAACCAGAUCUCUUUUGGUCGAGGAUCAAGCCAACCCAACCUAUCCACAAGCUACUCCGAACAGGAUUAUGGGAAGUCUGGGGGAUCACCUGCUUCCUACCAUGGCUCAACCUCACCAGCGGUCUCAGCGGAGCUGGAACAGGCCCGGCCUCAGACCAGUGGAGAGGAAGAGUUACAGCUGCAGCUGGCACUUGCCAUGAGCAGAGAGGUAGCCGAGCAGGACGAACGUGUCAGGAGAGGAGAUGACUUACGGUUACAAAUGGCCCUGGAGGAGAGUCGGAAAGAUACCAUUAAAGUACCCAGAAAAAAGGGAAAGCAGCAAUCCACCAUGUUGGACCUAUUAGAUGCUCUGCCCCCGGGGGCUCCUGCACCUCGAAAACCGGACACCUGGGCAGCAGCAGUGGCAACAAAAAGUCAGUCUGACUCCUGGAAUGUGGCUGCUGUUUCACCAUCGUCCUCAGAUCCGUGGCAAUCCUUUGGCAGCGUAGGUACUAAACCAGCGGCUCCCCAAGAUCCCUGGGGUGGGAAAUCGGGUUCUUCAACACAGUCACUUUCAAAGAACUCAGACCCCUGGACUACACCAAAGGCGUCUCAAAUAGUGAAUUCUGCAACGGACCCCUGGGGGGCCAAACCAGCAGUUAAAACAAGUGUGUCAAUCACAGGCUUGGCAUUUGACCCGUUCAGUAAUUUAAAUGGCACCACGAAAGAUGACCUCUCGGAAUUCGACAGCCUUCGAACCUCUUCUAAAGUGUCAGCAGAUUCCAUCUCCACAUUACCUUCCCUGCGCAGCAACACCACCAGCCCUGACCCCUUCGAUUCCAAGCCGGCCAGUGUGACUAGCAGCAAACAGACAUCGUUUCGGAAAACGCCGGAGACCUUCCUGGGAUCCAACGCAGCCUUAGUGAACCUGGACACGCUUGUCUCCAUGCCUCCCCCCCCAGCCCCUAUCCUAAACCCGUUCUUGGCAUCAGGAGCUGCGGCUACAACAUCAACGCCCCCCGUCAAUCCUUUCCAAGUGAAUCAACCCCAAGCCCUCACCUUAAACCAGCUGCGAGUCAGUCCGAUGAUGGGAGUGAGUCCGGUCUUUAACACAAUUCCUGGAGUUGGUGCUGAACCCUUGUUCUCUGUUCCUCCUCCUAGUCCUCCGGGUCUUGGGAUGUCAACACUACCAGCAGCACAUCCAGCAGGACUGGGGGUUAAUAUAAACAUGGCGGCAACUUUGCCUCAUUAUAGCACUGCCAUGGCGCCAUCUUCCACCCAAGCGGUGAACGCCACUAACCCUUUUCUGCUAUGAAAGUCAUGAUGUUUGGACAUUGCAAGGACAACUUACCCACUGCAGGGCUAAAGACCAGUCGUACUUAGCGAGAGAAUACAUUUCUAAGCUGUCUUAAUUGUUAUGGAUUAGCAGUACCAACCUGCAGGGAAGGAGAGUGAUGGGGCCCUAAGGCUGCUCUGUAGCAAACAAUGGAAAGCAAAUAACUGGUUUGUCGGCAAAGGAAUCCAAAAUGGACUCUCUGCACCAAAGUCGUGUUCGUAGCCUCCUGCUGCCGCUAGUCACCGGCUCUUACCAGUUUGUGUGCUCUCUCGGGAACGUUCUAUCUAUCUGACACACUGGAGUCAGCCUCUGUUUUAUAGAAUGUACUGGGACAUCAAGCAAAGUGUCAGUUCUGUUGGCAAGAGCUUUUGGAUUUUUAGAUGCUUACAGAGGGGGGUGGUGUCGGCGUUUCCCAGGCAUCUUAAAAACUGGAGAGAGUAGGUCGGAAAAAAAAAUUCCAAAUUGGAAUGAUAUUAGGUUUAUUUAGCCUUUUAGUACCUGGUACCCACCAUUGUAAAUUAUACCUGUCAUAUAUAAUAUUCAUAACAGUGACUUUGUAAUAGAUAAUGGGUGAUUCCUCAACGCUUUACUUAAAAGGGUUAAAGGGGGUGUAAACCAGCCAAGGCUGACUUAAAUGUCACAAAACUAUAGCUCCCAGCAUGGGCGAAAGCAUGAUGGGAGCUGUAGUGCAGCAACAUCAAGAUGCACUGUUUGAUUAAAUGCUUCCCCAGGUCUCCAUAAUGCAAGAUGAUCCUCCAAUAAGAGUCUUUGUACGCCGGGUUCCCUGUUCUCUAUGGCACAAUCAUUAUUGGAGGCAUUAAACACACAGAUAUGUGCAAACUGCAGUGUAAUCUCAUUUCAAUGCUGGGGACACAGUGCUGUUUAAAGGGAUUCUGUCCUGAUUUUUAUUGUGUAGUUUUUAUUUCUAAAUUACACUGUUUACACUGCAAAUAAUUCACUCUACCAUAAACAAUUGAAUUCCUGGCCCAA